AUGUCAGGAGAAACUGCUUUACAUCGAGCCACAAUUAAUGGUAAGACGGACACAGUGAAAUGUCUUCUACAGAAUGGAUGUGAUGUGGAUAAUGCUAGACAAGAUGGAUGCACAGCGUUAUUGCUGGCUUCUAAGCAUGGGCAUAUUAAAAUAGUGGAACUGUUGAUAGAACAGAAAGUUAAAGUAGACAAACGUAAUAAUAAGAAGAAAGGUGCUUUACACUUUGCUGUACUUAAUGGUUGGGAAAUAAUUGUACGUCGUUUGCUAGAUGAGGGAUGUGAUGUGGAUGCAUCUACAUCAGGUGGAGACACGGCACUAAUGAUGGGUUGUCUUAAAGGUAGUAUUGAGAUAGUACAGAUGUUCAUAACACGCAAGGCAGAUGUUAAAAAGAAGAAUGAAUUUGGACGAACUGCUUUAUACUUUGCUGUACUUAAUGGUUGGAAAAUAAUUGUACGUUGUCUUCUAGAUAAUGGAUGUGAUGUGGAUGCAACCGCAUCACAUGGAGACACGACACAAAUGAUCGGUUGUUUUGAAGGUCAUAUUGAGAUAAUACAGCUGUUGAUAACACGCACAGCAGAUGUUAACAAGAAGAAUGCUUUUGGACAAACUGCUUUACACUUUGCUGUAUUUGGCGAUGAGGAAACAAUUGCAGCUUGGCUUCUAAAUAAUGGAUCUAAUGUGAAUGCAUGUACAUCACGUGGAAACACGGCACUAAUGCUGGGUUGUAAAAAAGGUUACAUUGAGAUGGUACGGCUGUUGAUAGAAUGUGGUGCAGAUAUAAACAGGAAUAAUAAUAAUGGAGACACUGCUUUAGAUAUUGCCUGCCGAGAGGGUUAUAGUGACAUUGUGAAGGUUUUAGAAGACAGCAUGGGAGUUACAGACACUGAGACUGACAGCAUGGAAGUUACAGACACUGAGACUGACUGCAUGGAAGUUACAGACACUGAGACUGACGAUGAGGAAACUUCAUUAUAUACUGCUGAACAAAAUGACUAG